AUGUUCAUUUUGAAUGGUUUACGGUUGAAUUCAUCGAUUAGAACCAAUAACAGUAUUGCAUCAGUGCUUCUAAUCACAGUUGUCCUACAUGCCACUCUAACAAUCGUCCAUUCUCAACAACAACAACAGCAGACAAAUUUGAAAAAUGACGAUAAUCUUUAUAUUCUUAUCGAUGAAAUUAAUGUUUAUACAUGUCGAGGAGCUAAAAAUGAGAUUAAACUAACAGAGGAUGAUAUUAAUAUUGUGAACGAGAAAGGUAAUCGUGUAUACUUCAUCAAAGCACCCGGCAGUUACUCUUUACAUUUCAAGAAACUCGUUGUUACCAAAGACAUUGGAUAUUUGAGUGGUGAAAUUGGUGUCACACUUCAAGUCCCAAUUAUCGAAGGUCCUGCAGGAAUUCGUUUCGAUUUGCCUUAUACAGUGGUACCAGAAACUGGAAUUUUAGACCAGGAAUGUGACAAAUACAGCGGUGUCAUAGAGCGCGGUAAUCGACAGUACUGUCGUUACUGUGAUAUCUGUGGACUUACCGCUAAACUGGAAACGGAUUUGAAUAAUAAAGGCCAUUUAUUCUUGCCCGAAGUGGCACGUGGCACCGAGGAGAAAUUUGCUCCAGUUUGUAAUCAAAUUGCCUCGAAUAUUUACGAAUUCAAUCGGACGAUUAAUUUGCCUGGUAGACAUGAAUUGGAAGUACUGAUCAACGAAAAGAUCCAGGGACUAGACGGUGAAAUUCGUCAGCGUCUAAACAAAAAACGAGGUCGAUUUCAAGUAUUUCUGAAUUUAAUUAGUGCCGAACAACCAGCAAUCAAGCAAGACGAUUGGUUUGCAAAAUCUGCUGAUUGCCGAUGUUGCUGGGAUGGUCAUGGCGCUUCGUGCCAUGGCGUACUAAGUUUUUUGUACUGCAAUAAAGAAGAAUGCAGGAAUAGCUGGGCACAGCGCUGUUUGCAUCAUACGGCACGUAUCAUUGCAUGCUAUACUGUUGAAUUUAAUUAUCAUACGACAACUGCAUAUACAGACGUUAUUCAAUUUUUGAAUGAAAACAAUUAUCCAAAUCAAGAAAUGGUUACGUCAGUACCACAGAGAACAUCAAAUCUAUCGGGUACUAGUGGAGUCGAUAACGUUGCCCAAACUUUAACCGAAAGAUGUGUGGCAGAAAUGUCCCAAAGACUGACCCAUUUGCGGCGUUAUUGUUUAAUCUUUUGGAAUGAUAAAUUGUGUUGUUCACAUUGUCCUGAUGUAUGUCAUUCUUAG